AAAAGAAAGGAAAGAAAAGAAAAGAAAAGAAAGGAAAGGAAAAGAGAGGUAUAUUAUGAAUAUGAAGAGGAGGCAGCGGUGUUAUUUGGAUAUAAGCAUAGGAGAAGAGCUCGAAGGAAGGAUAAUAGUGGAACUGUUCAAUGAUGUAGUACCCAAAACUGCAGAGAAUUUCAGGGCUCUUUGCACUGGUGAAAAGGGCAUUGGUCCUAACACUGGUGUGCCGCUUCACUACAAGGGAGUUCGUUUUCAUCGGGUUAUCAAAGGAUUUAUGGUACAAGGUGGAGAUAUAUCUGCUGGAGAUGGUACUGGAGGAGAGUCAAUUUACAGUUUGAAAUUUGAAGAUGAAAACUUUGAAUUGAAACAUGAAAGGAAAGGAAUGUUAUCUAUGGCAAAUGCUGGUCCAAACACAAAUGGCUCUCAGUUCUUCAUCACUACAACUCGCACUUCUCAUUUAGAUGGGAAACAUGUUGUAUUUGGUAAGGUUGUCAAGGGAAUGGGAGUUGUUCGUUCAAUUGAACAUGUAACAACUGGUGAAGCCGAUUGUCCAACUAUUGAUGUUAUAAUUGCUGAUUGUGGAGAAAUCCCUGAGGGGGCAGAUGAUGGGAUUUCUAAUUUUUUCAAUGAUGGUGACAUUUAUGCUGACUGGCCCGCUGACCUUAAUGAGAGUCCUGAUGAGCUCUCUUGGUGGAUGACUGCUGUGGAUUCUAUUAAGGCUUUUGGAAAUGAACAUUAUAAGAAACAAGACUAUAAGAUGGCUCUCAGAAAGUACAGGAAGGCUUUACGCUAUUUAGAUAUCUGCUGGGAGAAAGAAGGGAUUGAUGAAGAGAAGAGUUCAAGUUUGAGAAAGACGAAAUCCCAGAUAUUCACAAAUAGCUCUGCCUGUAAGCUGAAACUAGGGGAUCUGAAGGGAGCACUUUUGGACACAGAAUUUGCAAUGCGUGAUGGAGAAAACAAUGUGAAAGCCUUGUUUCGCCAAGGUCAGGCACACAUGGCACUUAAUGAUGUUGAUGCUGCUGCUGAAAGCUUCAAGAAAGCUUUGCAAUUGGAGCCAAAUGAUGGUGGAAUAAAGAAAGAGCUUGCUGCUGCUAUGAAAAAGAUCAAUGAUCGGCACAAUGAGGAGAGAAGGAGAUAUCGUAAGAUGUUCCAACCACACUCGGCUGGAGUGGAUAACCAUGAUGGUUAAAAGCUUCGUUUGUCUUUUGCUGUUUCAUAGUGAGAUAGUGUCAUCUGGUUCAGGCUUUCUUGAUUAGGAUCUCUUACCUUUUUUGGACAAAAAACUAGGUAUGGGUGUUCAGCUUCUGCUUUUUGGUGCAACUGUUUGAUGCUAAUUUUCCAUAGCCACCGAUGAAAACUUAAAGCUAAUGGAAAUUGGAGACAAAUAUUGUGGUCAUUCAGGAAACAAUGAAGCUGUAGCUUUCCUUAAAGAUUACGUGUCAUGUUGAUUUUACUAAUCUUCCUCAGGUUUCAGUGGAAGCAGAGGAAGCAUUCCAGCAAAUUCAACUGUACAAAUCUGAGGUUACUUGAACCAAUUCUUGUUUCUAAUGAGAGUUUUCAUGCAAGUUAAUCAGGACCUAGGAAAUUUAGACUAAGACUGAUCCCAGACUCUAGACAAUCCUUGUCUUUCGUUCAAUAUGGGUAUAAAAUGUACAAUUUUUGUUUCGGACAAUUUCUUUAAGUGAGGUCUUAAUAUGAAAAUUUUAUCAGUCUGCCUUUCUUUCAGCACGUGUUGGCCAUGAAUUUUGUUUUCUUUUUCUAUCUCAUGGUUUUGUGUGCCUCUGAACCAUUUAUCUUUUACUAAAUGGUAAAACUGUUCAUUAAGUCUGCGCAAGGACAGGCUGU